AUGGAGGUCCCGAGCCCCCGCCGACCUCACUACCAGAUCGGGGCCUUGUCCAACUUCAUUCCACUCAAUGAAGAUCACAGUGCCAUGUCUACGCGCGGACAACGCCUGCCCAGCCUGAUCCAGAACCGGUCAACCACCUCUCUGCUCACCCUCCAGCGCCGACAGGCGACGCGAAGGGACUCGGUCGCGAGCCACAGGUCGGAUGAGGACGAGGAGCGCGGACCUUCUGAAAACCUCGAUGCCAUGGCUACCACGGCCAGGUGGCGGCCCAGCACGCCCUCGGAGACAGACCCACGAAGAAUGAGCAUGGGGCCCGAGAUCCUCAUGACGCCGCAGGUGCGCAGCAUGCGACUGAUCGGGCAGAGCAACCCCAGAUACCACUGGCACCAGUAUUUCAAGACGGAGGAGGAGUUGAAGAAGAUGAAGAAACCCAUCCGCAAAUACUACGAGCGGAACAACUUCUUGGUCACCCAGUACCUUUACAUUGACAAGUUGCUGGAUUCGUCACUCCCCCACCAUCUCAUUCAAGAGUAUAGCCAUCCGCGGUCGAAUGGCACCAUGAAUACCAUCUGCGAAGAACCGCCUUCGGGAAACAUGACUCCUGUGACCGCGGUGACUGCCACCAGCUCACCCAUCGAGACCAAGUUGAAACGGACCCCGAAAAACUUGUACAAGCUUCCCAGCGAAGAGACACCGCUGUUGCUCGACGACGCCGAGGCGAACGCCGAGGCGGGUCUUCCGGAAAUCAGCUUCGAUGAUAUGGACGAGGGCGUGGACUCGAAUGAGCGGAUCGUGACAGUGGCAAUCUACAUCAACCUGAUCGCCAACAUCAUCCUGCUGGCAGGGAAAAUCGUGGUGAUUGUUUUGACGUCGUCGCUCUCGGUGCUCGCAUCUCUUGUCGACGCCGCCCUGGAUUUUCUGUCCACCGCCAUUGUCUGGACGACCACGAAACUCAUCUCGCGACAGGAUCAGUACGCAUAUCCCAUUGGUCGGCGUCGAUUGGAGCCCGUCGGCGUUCUUGUUUUCAGCGUCAUCAUGAUCACCUCCUUCUUCCAGGUGGCCCUGGAGUGUUUCAAUCGGCUGCUCUCGGGGGAUCGCAGAGUCGUGGAGCUGGGUAUCCCUGCCAUCGUCAUUAUGCUGAGCACGGUCGCCAUCAAGGGUUUCUGCUGGUUUUGGUGUCGAUUGGUGAAGAACAGUUCUGUGCAAGCGCUCGCUCAAGAUGCAGCCACGGACGUCGUCUUCAACAUCUUCUCCAUCAUUUUUCCACUUGUGGGCUUUUACUUUCAGGUCUGGUGGCUUGAUGCCCUGGGUGGUCUGUUUUUGUCCUUCUAUGUCAUAUUCAACUGGACGCGAACGAGUGUCGAGCAUGUGCGAAACCUCUGUGGUGUGUCGGCCACGGCCGAUCAACGCAAUGUCCUGCUGUAUCUCGCCAUGCGCUUUGCCAAGCCGAUCCGCUACAUCCAGGGCUUGCAGGCAUACCACACGGGCGACAAGCUCAAUGUGGAGGUCGACAUUGUGCUUGAUGAGAAUAUGAGUUUAAGGGACAGCCACGACCUGAGCGAGAGUCUGCAGUACGUGCUGGAGAGCGUGCCGGCGGUUGAUCGCGCAUUUGUGCACGCCGACUAUGCGGAUUGGAACUUGCCCAGCCAUAUGAAUCAGCAAGGGUGA